AUGCUUGAUCAAAGUUUCAUAAAUGGUAUGAAAUCGUUAUCAAUUACAUGUUCAUUAUGUCUAUGGAAUGGUUUAUUUAAGGAUUAUGAGGAACACCUAACAACAACUCAUUCAAAUCCAAUAUGUGAAUUUUGUGAAGAAAAAUUUGAUUCAACGAUUAGACUUGAUGAACACAAACAAAAAGAAUGUAUCAAAAUUACAACUACAACAAACAAAAAUAUAAAUAAACAAAUGCAACGAAUCUGUGAAACUAGAAAUAUUCUUCCUAGUGGAAUUCAAAUAUUAAAUGAUGAUACACAAAGUCUUAGUAGUGAAUCAAGUCGAUUACUAAGUUCAAUUCAAUCUUUAGCACAACAUUUUUCAUCGAUUAAGUUUAGUAUUCAAGAAGAAAGUUCUUUUUUAAAUGGUAUUAAAAUUAAUCAAGAAAUUCUUCAACAAGAUAUUGAAUCACUGAAACAAAAAAUUGAUAAUACGCAAUAUGUAUCAUAUGAUGGAACAUUCACAUGGAGAAUAACCCAUAUUUAUGAAAAAAUGUGUAAGUUUAAUCUGAAAAAAACCAAGAUUAUAUUAUUGAAAUAG